AUGAUUAUCACUAUCGAUGAUUCCAUUGGUAUUCUGGAGCUCAAGCAAUUUCUCAGUCAGCAUUUUGAGAUGAAGAAUCUUGGCACUCUCAGCUAUUUUCUUGAUCUUGAGAUUUCUUCUUCUUCUGGUGGUUACUAUUUUACACAGGCCAAGUAUAUCUCUGAUAUGCUUUCACGGGCCAAUCUCACAAACUGUAAGACCGUCGACACAUCGACUGAGCUCAAUGUUCGUCUUAAUCUACAUGAUGGCGAGCCUCUUCAUGAUUUCACUCUCUAUCAGCAUUUGGUUGGCAGCCUUUUCUAUCUUACUGUUACUCGGCUUGAUAUCUCAUAUGCUGUCCAUCAGUCCCCUUUUGAGUUACAUGCUUCUACUAAUGCGGAUUGGGCAGGUGAUCCUACAAACCAUCACUCCACCACCGGUUAUUUUUUCCUACUUGGCACCUCUCUUGUUUCUUGGAGCAGUAAGAAACAGUCUGUUGUUGCUCCUUCUAGUACCGAGGCAGAAUAUCGUGCUUUCGCUGACACCACCUUGGAGCUCCUUUGGUUACGAUGGCUUUUCUACAAGAUAUGGGGCUCUCUACAACUUCAUUCUGUUACAUCUUAUGAUCAAUUCAUGGACCUCUUCACAAAGUCUCAUCUUCCAGGGCAGUUCCGCGAUUUUGUGUCUAACCUCAAGAUGGUCUCUCGCACUCUACCUUGA